CAACUCGGAUGCACUGAGCCGUUUGCCACAAAUGUUGCAGGCGCCGGAACCAGCAGUUGAAGAAUGCGAUGACAUGGUGCUCGCCAUCGACGGAUGGGACCAUCCCGCGGUGUCACGCCAGGAGUUGAAAGCACUGACAGCAGCAGACGAGAUGUUAUCAAGUGUUUGCCGGAAACAGACAGAACAUCGGCGGAAACCCACCGACGACACUACCUGGAGUUUCGCCCCAGGCGACACCAUCUACGUCCGCAACUACGGAGUCGGGGACAAGUGGACACCUGGUAAAGUCAAGUCUACCACAGGUGCCCGGUUGGUGACUGUUCAGACGGAUGAAGGUGUGGUUCGCAGACACACGGAUCAAGUGCGCAAGCGUUCUGCCGACACAUCCGGGACCCCAUCCGCCGAACCCCAGGACGACCCGAUGCCCACAGAGGAGAGGGCGCUGGAUUCCAGUACCACGUCGGACGGCUCAGAAGCCCCGCCCCAACUGCGGCGUUCCACUCGUACGAAGAAGCCGGUAGAGCGCUACGGUUAUUAAGGGGAAAGGAAUGUUAUCACUUACG